AUGGCUGGAGCGCUGGAACGGGAGGCUGUUCGACAGAGAAUUGAGGAUCUUGAGAGGCCGCAGCUCGACGACCGCUCCUACCGAAUCGUUACUCUGCCAAACCAAUUGGAAGUCCUUUUGAUACACGAGGCGGAGACUGACAAGGCCAGUGCGGCGCUGGAUGUCAAUGUGGGCAGCUUCAGCGAUGCGCCCGACAUGCCAGGUAUUGCGCAUGCGGUAGAGCAUCUGCUGUUCAUGGGCACCGAGAAGUAUCCAGAAGAGAAUGCGUACAACCAGUACUUGACCCGCCACGGUGGCUAUUCAAACGCCUUCACCGCCUCCACAUCGACAAACUAUUACUUCGAACUCUCCUACGCUGCCACCUCGCCCACGGCCAGUAAGGCUGCGACUCCAGAAGCCUCAUCGACAAACCUGUUGGAGUCGGCAGAUGAGUCACCGCUACGAGGCGCACUGGAUCGUUUUGGCCAAUUCUUCAUUAGCCCGCUAUUUCUCGAAGACACGGUGGAUCGCGAGCUCAAGGCGGUGGAUUCAGAAAAUAAGAAAAACCUCCAAAACGACACUUGGCGCAUGCAUCAGCUCAACAAGGCGCUUGCCAAUCCUAAUCACCCCUACAACCACUUCUCCACAGGUAGUUACAAAACCCUACAUGACGACCCCAUAGCACGUGGCGUUAAAAUUCGUGAUGAGUUUAUCAAGUUCCAUUCAACGCACUACUCUGCCAACAGGAUGAAGCUGGUAGUCUUGGGUAAGGAGAUUCUGGACACAUUGGAAUCAUGGGUAGAAGAAAUCUUUUCCAAGGUGCCAAACAAGAAUCUCGGACAGAACCGCUGGGAUGUACCUGUAUACACAGAGACAGAGCUUUUGACGCAAACUUUUGCUCGGCCAGUUCUACAGUCUCGGUCGCUGGACCUUCAGUUUGCCUACCGCGACGAAGAGAACUUUUACGAGUCGCAUCCAUCAAGAUACCUUAGUCAUUUGCUCGGCCACGAAGGCCCUGGUAGCGUUCUUGCGCACCUUAAAGCGAAGGGUUGGGCAAAUGGACUCGGCGCAGGAGGCUCGACUCUGUGUCCAGGGUCAGGGCUGUUUACUGUAAACAUCAAGUUAACAGAAGAUGGUCUGAAGAAUUACAAAGAAGUCGUCAAAACUGUCUUCCAAUACAUUGGUCUGAUGCGCGACCAGCCGCCCCAAGAGUGGGUAGUAGAAGAGUUAAUGCGCAUCAGUGAGGUAGAGUUCCGCUUCAAGCAAAAGAGCCCACCAAGCCGGACUGCCAGCGGGCUGGCAGGCAUCAUGCAGAAGCCAUAUGACCGCAAGAUGUUGCUCAGUGGACCGGCCGUUAUAAGGAAGUUCGAUGCCAACCUGAUCAACGAGGCCAUGUCAUUUCUGCGACCAGACAACUUCAGGUUGACCAUCAUUAGCCAAGAUUUCCCGGGUGGUUGGGAUCAAAAGGAGAAGUGGUAUGGGACGGAGUACAAGAUUGAGAGAAUACCAGGAGACUUCCUUGCAGAGAUCAAAGAGGCUUUUGAAAGCAAGAGCCGACCAACAGAGUUGCACUUCCCCCACAAGAACGAGUUUAUACCAACUCGAUUGGAUGUUGAAAAGAAGGAGGUCGCACAACCAAGCAAGGAACCAAAGCUUAUUCGCCACGAUGACAAUGUCCGCAUUUGGUGGAAGAAGGACGAUCAGUUUUGGGUGCCCAAAGCUAACGUUCACAUAUACUUCCGAACGCCAAUGACCAACGUCACCGCACGCGUUACACUUUUGUGCACGCUCUAUCGCGAGCUUGUGAACGAUGCUCUGGUCGAGUAUGCUUAUGACGCUGAUAUUGCGGGGCUGGUGUAUGAUUUCACCAACCACAUCAGUGGCUUGUCGAUAACGGUCAGCGGCUACAAUGACAAGUUGCACGUACUACUGGAGAAGGUGUUGCUCCAGGUUCGGGAUCUUGAAGUCACAGAGGAUCGUUUCAACAUCAUCCAUGACCGCAUGCUACGGUCUCUGCGCAACUGGGAGUACGGACAGCCCUUCCACCAGGUUGGCACUUACUCCAGACAGUUCAAGAGCGAAAAGUGCGUGAUGAAUGAAGAACUGCUUCCAGAACUGGACAGCAUCACAGCCAAAGAUGUGCAGCAGUUCUUCCCGCAGAUCCUAGCUCAGUGCCAAAUUGAGGUGCUUGCACAUGGUAACUUGUACAAGGAAGAAGCUUUGAGAAUCACCGACCUUGUAGAAAGGACUAUCCAGCCCAAGCGGCUGCCUGCGAACCAGGUCCCCACCCGCCGAGGUCUCCUUUGGCCUUCGGGGUGCAACUUCAUCUACGAAAAGCAGUUGAGCGACCCGGCAAAUGUCAACCACUGCAUUGAGUACAACUUGUACGUUGGGCAUCACUAUGACAAUGUCACCCGUGCCAAACUAUUGCUCCUUGGACAGAUGACAGAUGAACCUUGCUUCAAUCAACUUCGUACCAUCGAACAGCUUGGUUACGUCGUCUUUUCUGGGUCCAGCUUCCAUGACGUCUGGUCUGGGUACCGCAUUCUGAUUCAGAGUGAGAAGGACUGCCGAUACCUGGAGGGCCGUAUUGAAAACUUCCUCAACACUUUUGAGGGAACGCUCGCUGCGAUGAGCGAAGAAGACUUUGAGAGCCACAAGCGAGCCAUGAUCAACAAGCGUUUAGCGAAGCUCAAGAACCUUUCAUCAGAAGAUAACAGGUUCUGGAAUCAUAUCUACAGUGACUCAUAUGAUUUCCUGCAAGCCGACGUUGACGCUGAGAACCUUGAAAAGCUCUCAAAGAAGGACAUGAUUGAUUUCUAUGGCCGAUAUGUCUCGACAUCGUCUUCACAGCGUUCCAAGCUGUCAGUGCACCUCCAAGCACAAGCCAAAGCCAAGGAGCCAUCGAUCGAGGAAAAGAAGACUGCUGCUGCUGCUUCACUUCAGAUCAUUCUCACCGAACACAAACUCAAGUUUGAUGAUGGGGCUUUCAAGAUUCGAGUUGCCGAUGCAUCGUCCACUGACGAGAUCUCAAAGGCUGUGACUCGUUAUCUGAGCGAAGAUAUCAACGUGGAGGGUGAUGUCGCAACAAAGAUACUAGAUGAAGCAAAGGCUGCACUCGGUGUCGCCGACUCUGGCUUGCCAGCAGCACCACAGACACUAGAUGUGGCCGCGGAUGUAGAGAGUGUGGUUGAUGCGUCGCAUCCUGUUCUCAUCAAGGAUGUGCAUGCAUGGAAGGCGAGCAUGCAGAUCAGUACCGGCGUGCGGCCGGUACGGAAUCUGGAUGAAUUCGUUGAUGUUGUAGAAAAGCUUUGAGAGUGGUAAAAGCCCUCGAAUGUACGAAGCAGUAGUAUGCAAUAGAAAAGUGUAGACAAAUGGAUCGGCAGCGUGUCCAUUGAAGCGUAGUAACAAAAAACGUUAAUGACAGAUGCUGUGCGCAAUCGAUAUCAUUGAACGUGCA